AACCAAAUCAUCUAAUCGUUGAGAAAAAUUUAAAUGAACAGCACAAGAAGAAAACAGUUUUUAAAGAAGGUCUAUUUUUCUCUUGGGGUUCAUACACUCUAGUUUUAAAUACAAGGAGAUUUUGAGAGUGUCGCGGUGAAACACAGGUAAUCUGCGCCGCAUACACUUAUCAGCGUUGUCGCAAGACAGUCUUCUCUACUCUACAUGGAUUUUAAUAUUUAAAUAGGACAAGUCUGAGUGAGAGAGAGAGAGAGAGAAGCACUGUGGUCCUACUAUCUUGGUUUAUUGAGGACGGACUGACAUAUUUAACCGGCAGAUCUAAAUGAUGUAACAAUAACAAGCGGAAGACCCACAGUCCAGAAAGAGACAAAGUGUUGAGUGUGUUUCUAACGUCCGGACAUACACAUACUAUGACUUGAAAUGGGAAGGAAUCUACAGUUCCUCGUGUUGUUGGGGUUAUAUCUGUCUUGGUCUACAGCACACACGGUUCUACCAAGUUUCCAGCAACUGAGAGCCAACUAUCCUGGGUACAGGCACCAUGGCGGCUAUAUCAGGAACAAUCACCUCAUCAAGAUGAUCGGCUGCAAGUCGGACAAACUCCUACAUGACUCUAGUGCUCUCAGAUUGUCCUAUGCCCUCAACAAAAUAGGUGAACCCCACUCCCUGGGAACUUCCCUAAUCAGACUGUCAAAAUUCGGGGAGGACAGCGUAGUCGGGAGAAAUGGUUUGCAGUACAUCUAUCAUCCUAUCGCUUAUGGACCAUUUCUGGCCGACAAAUAUGGUUAUCCUAGCAUAUCUAAGCUUCACCAAAAGGAUCCAAUCCAUACAAAGAAAAACUUCUGGGGUAAACAGGGGAUUCUCAGAGUAAUUACUUACACUCAGCAUUCCAAUCUGCCAGUGGGACAUGUUGCAUUGUGGGAUUGCAAUAAAUUUUUCCAAUCAAAAGACUGGAUUGCAAUGCAUUCAUUAAUUACUGUGGAAUUCUGGGAAUCACCAGAUUCAAACUGCAGCGGCAAUGCAACGAGUGACUUAAAGCCAACGUUUUAUACAUCUCCCCAAACUGAACAUCCUAGAAACAACCAUCACCAACAUUUAUCACAUCACUCAAUGAAAACCGGGGAAUCCAAACAUCUGCAGACAUCCAGCCAACCACAACCAGCUGUGCCCUCCCAAACAAAAGCAGGAAAGACAAAUUUCAACCAAAAACACACAAUCUCUACUAGUCAGCAAACAAAUCUAUUACAUAAUCCCUCAUACAGACGCAAGUUUCUCAAGAAGUAUUUCUUGAGUAAUGGCCACUUGCGCCAUGCAAGGCACAGAGGACUUGUUCUGAGGAAAAACAAUCCACAGGGGUAGAUCAUUUCUUAUUCAACAUUAAUACUGUAAUGGUGCUAUUUUCUAGUCAGAAUAAAUAUAAAACAUUGAAAUGGAUCUUUCAAAGAGAAAACAGAACUGUGCUUGUCUGUAACUGCAAAUGACUUGACAACCCAGGAAAUGAUAUCGACAAUGAAUUCACCGAGUGACUCUGAAUGAAAGUUGAGUUUCAGUGCGUCCAGUUUCCUCCAUGCAGGUUUCCUAUAUGGUUACCUGGGCGUGUCGUAAUACCAGAAAUACCACUGGCUUUGUUGAAGUGCAUCUAAUACACGGUGUUUAUGAGUGUGGGAUUUCUGAUGUUGUUGUUUCUAACGUAUCAUUUUUCAAUGGAUACAAUGUAUCAAUUUAAAUUGUAAAAAAUGUGAUAUACAUGUAUGCUUGAAAUGUGUAUCAAUAUGUGACAGUGAUACUUUGUCAGACAAACGUGUACUUACAGAUACUGUGACAGUAGUCGUGGGGGUUCUUUCUCGAAUGUUUUAUGUCAACCGAUUCAAGUUUUGUCAAACAGGCUGAAUAACAAUAAAUGACAUACCAGUAAUAAGUGGCUUUGUGCAUUUGAGUAUUACAAAAAUGAAAAUGCAAUGUUUACAUUUUUACCAUCAUUCUUAAAAGUUCGCCCUUGAAAUAUCUGCGCACUUACAAAGCAGGGGACUCCUUUUUCAAAUGGGAGUCUGAUCCUAACUUAUUGUCACAAUUUGUUUUUCACCCCUUAAUAUCUCAUUACAUAAUCAAACCUUUGUUCAAACAGAAUGCUUAAGACAUUUUAAUUGGCCAGUAAUACAAUCUGCUUAUCAAAUCAGAUAAAAAUAUUUCAAUUGUAAAUUAAUAUUGGGCACCUCUUCUUAAUUAAAAUACCCUGGUAAUGAAUAAUACCGAGGGGUAAUUCGAAAAUUUAUGAAGUGGUGUGCCAAAACACCACAGGAUGGGUUUUAACUUGGGGAGCACCUGCCGAGAUUAUACCUAUUGCAUUGGGUUUGUAUUUAAACAUUUUUAUGCAAAUGUCUUGUCAUUUCAUUGACUUUUUCAAGCCCAACAAAAAAAGUCCAGCCGUGCAGAAAAAUUUAAUGAUGUAAUGUUUUGAAAAGACUGGCACAUUUUUCAGUGUCUGCACACUUUAAUCGAGUCCCGGCAUCCCAUUUUAUUUGACAUCUCUUUCUAUUGAAUUAGAAAAAGAAUUUGUCCUCUGCUCCGCGGCUUUGUAAUAUAAGUUACAGUGCAUGAAAUGUUUGGAGUUCUCUGAGAUAGAAUUAAACAGAAUAUUUAACUCCAGAGCAAAUGUUAAAUCUGUUCCUUUCAAAGGAGUUGGAGAAAUGUUGAAUGUAUUCUGUAUUCAAUGAAGAAAUUAAGUUAUUUUGGACCAAAAAAUGUAUGUUUGUGAUUUACUAAUAAAAUGAUUUUCAAAAUG